AUGACAUUCUUCCCUGAUGCGCAGAAGACGGCCCAGGCUGGAAUAGACGUGGUUGUUGGUUCCGAUUGCCUCCCCACUUUUGCUGAUCGCGAUUCUCUCCCAUACACUAAGACGCUUGCGAAAGAAGUCCUACGCUACAAUGUUGUAGUCCCAACUGCUAUCCCCUACCGUGUCACUGAACACGGAUGGAUGCUACAUUCCAAAAGACUCCCUGAUAAUACCUAA